GGGAAUAAGAUAAUUGUAUCCACAAAAUACACAAAAAGGACGCAGUGACAAAGACAUAUGUGGCAAUGUUUGAAAAAGUCACUUUAUGUCAUAAACUGCUCUGCCUUCAUAUUCUGAGAAGUAUUGUCAUCUUUGCCUUCCAUUUUUUCUUCUGUUUUUCCCACAUCUAUGCACACUAUUGACAAGUAGCUUAUCAAAUCACUUGUGUUUGGUCAUAUUUGUUUGGCCACAUCUUCUUCUGCACCACAUAUCAAAUCUCAUAUACUGUUCUGAGGUAGGUCACCUGCAAUUUUUUUUUUAUUAUUCCUUCUCUUCUGUUAGAUAAAGGGUAGUCUUAAAAUUCUCCAUUUUAUAUUCUUUAGCAAGUUUCUUGGAAGAAAAAAAAGAUUUGGUUUUUACCCUUUUUUGAGCUCUUUCUCUCCAUUUUCAAGAAUAUAAAAUUGUUAUCCAUGAGCAGAAUCAGUCCAAUUGUCCUAUGGGGAAUUGUAAUUAUUGCUGUUGUGUUCUUUGUGUUUGGUCUUCUUCAUCUUCUUCUUAGGUGCUUUUUAAAGAUUUCAUCUUUUUCAUCAAUUUCUGAAUCUAAUAGAUUCCCUGAAUCAUCUGGUUCUCAAGUUAUUCAAAGGCAACUUCAACAGCUAUUUCGUCAGCAUGAUUCUGGUUUAGACCAAGUUAUCAUUGAUACUCUGCCUCUGUUUCUCUAUAAAGAUAUUAAAGGCCUAAAGGAGCCAUUUGAUUGUGCUGUUUGUUUAUGUGAAUUUUCAGAACAUGAUAAGCUCAGAUUGCUCCCUUUUUGUAGCCAUGCUUUUCAUAUUCAUUGUAUAGACACAUGGUUACUGUCAAACUCAACUUGUCCUCUAUGUAGAGGCAUUAUUAGUUCCACAGUUUCUAUGGGAAAUCCCUUAUUGGGCUCAAUCGAAUCAAGAGAACAAUGGAGUUUCCAUUUGGAAGAUGGAAUUGCAAAUGAUGAAAAGCCUGACAAUGUUGGAGAAAUGAGAGUAUUUUCUGUUCGAUUAGGUAAAUUGAAGAGUCUAAAUGAAGGGGCCGAAAAUCAUGAAGACAAAAGUACUCAAGGGGAAAUCAUCAGCUGUAAUUUAGAUGCAAGGAGAUGUUUUUCCAUGGGUUCAUUUCAAUAUGUUGUUGGUGAUUCGGAGUUACAAAUCGCGUUGCCUAAUGUGAAGAUUCUAAAAGCUAAGUGUGAGAACACUAUUUUUGGGGCUAAUGCAGAAGGAAAAAAGAUCAGUGCUAGGACUAAAGGUGAGAGCUUUUCUGUUUCAAAGAUUUGGCUUUGGUCCAAGAAAGGCAAAUUCUCAAAUUCUUCAGAAAUAAAUAUUGGUGGACCUUCUGUUAAUAUUGAUAUACCAAUGACUAAAACAACACAAUUUGUGUAAACUUGUAUUGAAAAAAUUGUAUUGCUUUUAGCAUAGUUCUGAGAUAUACAUCAAAUGCCCACAUACUCUUCUCUAUUCCUUUUUUGGGGUUUUUUAACUGAACGGGAAUAUAAUACG